GGCUACCAAAUAGCCAAUCAUGGCCCUUAUCUGUACCCACAGAUACAUGUUUUCAUGCUUGUGUUGCUCCCCAACUUUUUUUUACAUUGGAAUGUGGCUCAGGGGUAAAAAAGUUAGAGAAGGCACUUCUUUUUGUAUUCCAGGCCAGAGCCAUAUUUACCCUACAGACAUCCAACUGAUCCCCAAGUGCCUAUGUAGACAUGCACCAAUGGUCAGAGGGAAGGGGACAGGCUGCAGUGUGGAGUCUGGGGUGACACUGGACUAAAAUACAGCCCUGUUCCAGGAGGAGGUUUGGCCGUUAGGAAACAGGAUUUUGUUUUUUACCAUUUCUGUCUCUGCCCUUCGGACAAGGAACACAUUAUUAUGAAGAGAUUUUCAGUGGAACAUUAUUAACCAGUCCUGUUUAUAUCACAUGAAAGUCAAUGGGUCUGAGAAGGCCGGUGAGGCAAAUGAUGAUAGGGUUCAUUUACGAAGACAACGUAAUGUGAAUUAAUACACUGGAACAGAAGUGGAAAUGGGAAACAUUGUGAAAAACUCAGCUGCACCCCCAGAUAACAUUGUUCCCUGCCAAACAGUGUCAGACAGUGAGUUCCUAGCAGUACUUUGUGACUACCCUUCCCCUGAUGUGAGUGAGCCAAUUUUCAAUUUUGGAGAAAAACUACGUGUCAUUUCUGAUGAAGGUGGGUGGUGGAGAGUCGUGUCACUAAGAACGGGCAGAGAAAACUACAUUCCGGCCAAAUGUGUGGCAAAGGUCUACCAUGGCUGGCUGUUUGAAGGAGUCGGGAGAGAAAAAUCCGAAGAGCUUUUGCAGCUGCCAGACACAAAGAAUGGAUCGUUCAUGAUCAGACAAAGUGAAACUGAAAAAGGAUCCUAUUCUUUAUCUGUAAAACACAGACAUGUGAAACAUUACAGAAUUUUCCGUCUACCAAACAGCUGGUUUUACAUCUCCCCGAGGCUGACGUUCCAGUGCCUCGAGCACCUUGUUAACCACUAUUCAGAAUAUGCAGACGGUCUAUGCUGUGUCCUCACAAGUCCCUGCCUUACCCAACAGUCCAUAAACUAUACUGAUGCUCUGAAUCAUCAAGUCCCUCCAGUUGUGAGGAGGCGGCGGCCAUUCGACUGGAGAAGUACAAAACGGGUUCCCCUGACUAUGGAGGAGCCAGAAAACUCUCUAGACGACACAUUUCUCAGCUACGGCCUCAGACAAAGCAUCGCCUCUUACAUCUCGAUGGCUGGGGAUGACAGCUUUAUGGUAGCAAGCAAUGCUCAGAAGAAAAAGAACCGCCGGAGUCAAGUAUCGUCUGUAAAUAACAGGAACAGUUUCAAGUCCUAUGGGGAUUAUGAAUGAAAACUUUUUGAAAUAAAAGAAAAAAAAGAAUCUCGACCCCCCAGUGGAGCCUGCCUAUAGACACACAAUGUAACCAAACGCAUUAUGAUGGAGGACAAGCUUCCCACAUUUGGACGCGUUACAUAUGCCCACGGCUCACUGGACGGGAAAGAAAAAGUUAAGGACAUAAGUGCUAAGAUGCCGCCUUGCCCAAUGUUGAAACUACUCACUUGAAGUAGAACUUAGCAAAUGUUUUAUGAUAGAACAGGAUUUCUAACCCACUUCAAAAUCGUAGUUGAACAGCACCACGGUUUGUAGGUAAGUCAGGCACAUUCUAAAUGGUAGAUUCUUUUCUUACACGCCACAAGAGGGUCUACAUUUGCUAUCCUCUUUCCUACACGCCCCAAGAGGGUCUACAUUUGCUAUCCUCUUUCCUACACGCCCCAAGAGGUUCUACAUUUGUAAUCUUCUUACUUACACGCCAUAAAGAGGGUCUACAUUUGCCGUCCUCUUUCCUACAUGCCAUAAAGAGGGUCUACAUUUGCCAUCCUCUUUCUUACACGCCAUAAAGAGGGUCUACAUUUGUUAUCCUCUUUCCUACACACCAUAGAGGGCCUACAUUUGUAAUCUUCUUACUUAAAGAGGGUCUACAUUUGUUAUCCUCUUUCUUACACGCAAUAAAGAGGGUCUACAUUUGUUAUCCUCUUUCUUACACGCAAUAAAC